UCUUCCCCCACUCUCAGCCCAUCAGCCUUGUCUUGAGCAAUAUUUCAUAGCAUAAUUCAUCUCUUGAGAGAUCGACUGUCGUUUUUAGAUAGAGCGGUAGAAAUCAGAAAUGGAAAACAAAGAAGAAGAUGUGCGGCUGGGAGCCAACAAAUUCUCGGAGAGGCAGCCAAUUGGCACGGCUGCUCAGACCCAAGACAAGGAUUAUCAGGAACCACCAGCAGCGGCACUUUUUGACCCUGAUGAGCUAGCUUCCUGGUCCUUUUACCGUGCUGGGAUAGCUGAGUUCAUUGCCACUUUUCUCUUCCUCUACAUAAGCAUUAUGACUGUUAUGGGAGUUUCUAAGUCUGAUAGCAAGUGUUCAACCGUUGGAAUUCAAGGCAUUGCUUGGGCUUUUGGUGGCAUGAUCUUUGCCCUCGUUUACUGUACUGCCGGCAUUUCUGGAGGGCAUAUUAACCCUGCGGUGACAUUUGGGCUGUUCUUGGCAAGGAAACUGUCGUUAACCAGGGCGUUUUUCUACAUGGUGAUGCAGUGCCUGGGAGCAAUAUGUGGUGCUGGGGUGGUGAAGGGCUUUCAAAAGCACCUCUACCAAUCCAAGGGCGGUGGUGCCAACGUAGUGAACGGAGGUUACACCAAAGGCGACGGGCUCGGUGCUGAGAUUGUUGGUACAUUUGUGCUUGUUUACACUGUUUUUUCUGCUACUGAUGCCAAGCGCAGUGCCCGAGACUCCCACGUCCCCAUAUUGGCUCCGUUGCCUAUUGGGUUCGCAGUGUUCUUGGUACAUUUGGCCACCAUUCCCAUCACAGGAACUGGCAUUAACCCCGCCAGGAGUCUUGGUGCUGCCAUCAUCUACAACCAGAAACCAGCAUGGGAUGACCACUGGAUAUUCUGGGUUGGACCAUUCAUCGGGGCUGCACUGGCUGCUCUCUACCACCAAGUCGUCAUAAGAGCCAUUCCCUUCAAAUCCAAGUGAUGCAGUUACUCAGCAGUCUCCACUCUACUCGCAGAUCAGAAUUGUAGUUCGACUUUUUUAAUUGUGGUUUCUGUUCAUAAAGUUCAAGAAUGAAUGCUAUCAAACUUUUCUCUUCGAAUCUGAGCCCUGCUCCUUGGACUACUGCUAAAUUACUAAUGUCGUUGGGGGAAACUGUUUUGUGAGGAAGGCACGUUCUUUUGUGGACUUGGCUUUCAAAUUUAGUCCAAAAGUGCGUGCUUAUGGGCCCUGCUGAAGUAGACGGGCCUCUUGUAUUUGUACGUCGUGUCAGUUUUAUGGUCGUGCAAUGCGAAUUUGUCAAUAAUUAUGAACACCGACACAGAUCCUUUAUUCGGCAAAUCAGUUGUUGCCUGUUGGUGAAAUGGAUCCUUUUCUGUGUUGUAGCAAAUUA